AUGGGGGAUGAGGACAAGGGAGUAGAAUUGUGUAAGCUGGGCACCGUGUGUGGGGACCAUGAUGUGGAAUGGCCAGGGCAGGAUGGGAGUAAAACCCAAGGUGUCGUGCAAGGCGUAACCUCAGUGGCUGAGAAAGCGAAGGAGCAGGCGUCCCAGCUGGGCGAAGCAGCGUUCUCUGGCGCUGGCAACAUUGCAGCAGCCACCGGGCUGGUGAAGAAGGAGGAGUUCCCUGCAGACCUGAAGGCAGAGGAGGUGGCCCAGGAGGCUGCGGAGGAGCCACUGGUCGAGCCGCUGCUGGAGCCAGAGGGGGAGAACUACGAGGAACCCCCACAGGAGGAAUACCAGGAAUACGAGCCAGAGGCAUAAUGGGCCCCCAUCCUUGCCUCUUCCACCAGCAGCACAACGAACCGCCGGUGGCCCCCUGCUCCUCUCCAGCCGGCCCCGGCCGGUGCCUGCGCGCCGGGGAGGAGCAGGGGCGCCCCUGCCCCGUUCGCUCACGAGUUCUUCCUCCAGUUCCGUUCCAAGGGACCGUGUCCGUGUCUCCGUAACAUGUCUAGCAGUGAGAAACACCCGCUGUGUCCCAGCCCCCGAGCCCGAGCCGCGGGCGCUGCCCGCAG